AUGUCUCCCUCAAUUAACAAGUGCAAAAGCAGUUCACCAUUAUUAAGAUUUAAAAUCCAGAAAUUGCUAUUAUCAAACCCACUUAGAUUUCUUCUAUGUGCGGUUCUUCUAUGUUUACCUUUAGUCAUUGUAUUCACCGCCACCACCUCCACCAAAAAUGUUACCAAUCGUUUCAUUCAUAACCUACCCAACAACAACACACUUCAAUUAACGGAGUACAAGGAAGAUGAAAUAGAAAAAGAGUUGCUUCGAGUGGCUUCAAAUACCAACCCAAACCCCUCAUCCACUAACCCUAAGAAACUAGCGUUUAUGUUCCUCACAACAUCGACUCUCCCAUUCGCCCCUUUAUGGGAAUCGUUCUUUAAGCAAGCCCCAAAAACACACUUCACCAUCUACGUCCACGUGGACGAGACUAGCUCCAUUUGGAAGCCACACCCCUUCAGUGUCUUCCAUAACCGCAUCAUUCCCUCCAAGCCCACUGCUAGAAACUCUCCCACACUUGCUGCAGCAGCGCGCAGGUUACUCGCAUGCGCUCUUGUGGACGAUCCAGACAACUAUAUGUUCCUACUUCUCUCUGCUUCGUGCAUUCCACUACACUCUUUUCGCUUCACGUACCACACGCUUGCAAACUCAAACAAAAGCUUUAUCGAGAUGACUCCACAGGAUUUAGGGUCGUUUUAUCGAUGGGUUGUGCGUGGGGCACACGUGAUGCUCCCGGAGGUAAGGUACGAGGAGUUUCGAACUGGGUCUCAAUUUUGGUCGUUGACACGUAAGCAUGCAAUGUUGAUUGUGUCGGACACAGGGGUUUGGUCAAAAUUCAAAUUGCCGUGCUUGUUUUACUUUUUGGAGAUUUGUUAUCCGGAGGAGAGUUACUUUCCUACCCUUAUGAAUAUGUUGGACACCAAAGGGUGCGUGCAUGCCACGCUCACCUACGUGGAUUGGACUGGAAGCGAUGGCGGGCACCCUCGAAUGUUUGAGAAGGACGAAAUCGGGCCUCAGUUGAUUUCGGCCUUGAGGACCGCUAGGCCCAAAUAUGGUGAGGACGAUGAUGGCAAACGACAUGAUCCGUUUUUGUUUGCCAGAAAGUUUUCUUCGGACUCAUUACAAGCUUUGAUGGCCAUAGCAGAUCACGUAAUCUUUAAGGAUUAGUUAAGAACUUAAGGUUGCAAAGGGUGAUUGUGGCUUGGAUACUAGUGGCAAAGUUAUUUGUCUUCUAA